GAUCGCUUUCAAUUGAACUCAACCUCCUCUCCCUCCCUCGCCUCUCUGAUCCGAGCGCCAGACGAUUGACUCCGGAAGGACUCAAAUCCGGAGACAGCACAUCGAAGAGCCUGGAAGAAACCUUCGAAGCCAGCGUACCUGCGCAGCGUGUGUUGCCUUCGGGAGGAACGACGAAGCCAUCGGUGGACUUUCGAACUUGUUUGAGCAGUCUGUGAGGCUUGGAUCUCCACUGCGGUUCUCGACUCGAAUUUGGUCGGUGUGUUGCGUUUAUCUGAUCAUCCAGGUAACACAUUGAGUUCGGUAUGGCUCACAAGUGUAGGGCACACUAGGUGAGGUGUGGAGGAGCUUGAAAUGAAGGGCGACGUUGUUCCGGGUUUGUCCGACAAGCAGGCGUUCAGGGAGGAGUUGGAUGAACUUGCACAGACGAUAGGUUUAUGGGCCGCAGAUUACAUAGAUGGUGUGGAGAAAUGUCAGUCUACUGCCUUGCUUCUAAAAGGCACGGGCCAAGAGAAGGCAUUGGAACUGAAAGAGCUUCUGAGAAAUUUGCAAGAAGAAUCUGGUCGAAUAGAAGCAGCUUUAGGUGAUCAACAAGAGACCCUCAAAUCGUAUAGGAAAUGGAUUGCGCAAAUCAAGGACAGAGAAGCGGCUUUUGGCGAGCGAAUAUCACAACUGUUGGAAGCUAAAAGGCGCGGAGAAGACAAGGUUUCCGUCGCCAUGGCAGAGAUUUCCGGCAAGCUGGAUCACAGAAAAAAUAAACUGGAUGCUCUUCGGAAAGCGACGAGUUGGUAUAAAGAGCUUCUCGGAAUACGAUGCGAGUACUCCAACGCCGUCAAAUUUAUUUUCACGAAUAUCGAUCCAAACAACCCGGAACGAGAAUUCUCAUUCUCCAUUCAUCAUGACAAAAGUGCCAACAAAUUUUCUAUGGUAGAUUGCAGCCCACAUAUCGACAGGAGUGGUCCCUUACUGGACUCACUAAACACGAGUAACGAACUCUCGCAGUUUGUCAGAUCUAUGCGAUGGGAAUUUGUAACUCUAGCUACUGGAGAGUCGAAGGUAUGAGUUAAAGAAAGCAUGCCCAACUUUCAUAACCUUUGCCUCCAGGUGGAGCUCCUCUCUCCCCCCUUGCCCCUUUGAGUGUAUCCAUCGCUCGAGCAUAUCAUAAGCCGUGGAGAUGAAUCAAGUUAAUGGGAUUCUUCUAGUAGCGAGGAAAAAGUUCAGCAUGGGAUGCGAUAACUCCGAUAUUCAAUUAUCUACAUUACGACACCGGCUGAUAUUCAUGUCUUCUGCAAGACGUGUCCUAAGUUCAUCUUCACCAAUGAUUUCUCGUGGUUUGAGAAGUUAUUCUGCACGAAACCUUGUAAUACUAUAUUGAUCCCAGAGCAAUGAACCCAAAUUUUGUACAAUGCUGCUCUUCU